ACUGACUGAAUCCUAACAGAAGGACAUUUAUACUAAAUAUCAGCUUCUCAGUAAGGCUGUAAACCCUUUGAAGGCAAACAUAUUUCCUCUCUCAUUUCUCUGACUCUCUUUCUGCCAGAACACUGGACCUCAAUCCUGAAACAAACAUCCAUAAACGAUAUUGCCAGUAAGAUUUUAGGAGGGAUUUUGAGUGCUUUCUUCCCGAAUCUACAUAAAGAUGCAAACUAUCAGGUCUAUGUUCAAUCCCAAGUGUUCAUCAGAUGUGCGUCUGGAUGGGAAGACGGCCAUAGUAACGGGGGCAAACACUGGAAUAGGCAAAGAAACAGCUAAAGAUCUAGCUGCUAGAGGUGCGCGAGUGGUUUUGGCGUGCCGAGACAUGGCGAAAGGAGAGCAGGCUGCGUCUGAAAUCAUGAGGGAGAUGAAUGGAGCCAAGGUGGUUGUCAGGCAGCUAGAUCUGGGUGACACCAAAUCCAUAUGCAUGUUUGCUGAGAAUAUCUACAACACUGAGAAGACACUUGACUACCUUAUCAACAAUGCAGGCGUGGCUAUCUGUCCUUAUGCAAGGACAGUGGAUGGAUAUGAGAUGCAGCUUGGAGUCAAUCACUUAGGUCAUUUCUUCUUGACUUUCCUGCUGCUGGACUUGCUGAAGCACUCAGCCCCAUCCCGGGUCAUCAAUGUGUCAUCCACAGUUUAUGCCAUGGGCAAGAUCCAGUUUGAUGACCUUAACGGGGAUAAAGAUUACCAUCCUGUCAGGGCCUAUGCUCAGAGCAAGCUCGCUAAUGUGCUGUUUACCAGAGAGCUGGCCAAAAGGACUGAGGCACAAGGUGUGAUGGCUUUCUCUGUGGACCCUGGCAUCGUGAACACUGAAAUUACAAGACACAUUAGGCGCCCUCUUGUGGACAUAGCUAAGAUAUUCAGUUUCUUGAUCAGGACCCCAGCAGAAGGAGCUUCCACUACUAUCUACUGCAUCGUUACUCCAGAGAAUGAGAUGUUUACCGGUGGAUUCUACAAGAACUGUGCCAGAGCAGACAGCUGCAGGGCAGGUGAGGAUGAUGGCACAGCUUUGAAGCUGUGGGCUGUGAGCUGCCACCUGCUGGGCAUCCGUUGGAGAUAAAUAAUCUGACUGCAUGCUGUGCAGCAUCGUUCAUAUAUACCUUGAAGAUUCCCUUUUCCUUUUGUUCACAAAGAUUUUGAACAUUAUGCUUGUUGCUGACAUAGUUUAAGUAAAUAACUUGGCCUACAAUGUUAUUAUUGUAAAAAUUUGAGUUUUAAUAUUACAAAACCUAUAAAGUGGAGAUAUGAAAUGAAUUGACAAUUUAGUCAAAAUGACAGCCAGUAAGAUGGGGUACAAUAAAAGCUACUGUUCUUGUGA